AUGCUGUCCCGCGUGUCGGGCCUUCGGUGGGCCGCCGGAUCCCGUGUCGCCGCCGCCGCUGCUGCCGCCUGCGUGGCAGCGCUGUGUUUGUUGAUGUGCGGGGCGGGGGCCCGGGCUGCGGCGGCGGCGGACUGGCCACGGGGUGAUACGGACGCCGACGGUAGCUUCAUGCUCAGCCCAGAUGCCGAGGCCGACUUCGUGGUGCCGGCCGACUUCGAGGUGCGCGACCUGACCCGCGAGUCGUACCGCAUCCCCGGAGAGCCGCCGCGGUACCUGAUCCUGGCGAGCCGGGUGGUGCGUCCCGGCCACCCGUACCGUCUCUCCGUGGACGUGUUGCGCUCCCGGCUGCCGAUCAUCGUGCGCGCCGUGCUGUACCGCGACUCGGUGCGGCUCAGCCAGCUGCAGCGGGCCUGCACGGCCGACCAGAUGGAGCUCUUCGAGAUAGCGGUCCCGGCCAACAGCGGUCCCGGCGAGUACAGUCUGCUGAUGGAGGGGAACGAGCAGGACCAGCUGGAGGGCUCCAUGUUCCGGAACCGGACCGACCUGCGCUUCGAGGCCCGUUCGCUGACGAUGCUGGUGCAGAUGGACAGCCCCGUCUACCGGCAGCUGCAGACGGUGCGGUUCCGUGUGGUGCUGCUGGGCACAGACCUCAAGUCGUUCAAGUCGUCUGCGGACAUAUACCUGCUGGACCCGCACGGUGUCGUCAUGAAGCGAUGGAUGUCGCGCCAGUCCAACACUGGCCUGGUGUCCGCUGAGUACCCGCUGGGCGAGCGACCCGUGGCCGGCACGUGGACCGUGCGCGUCACGGCGCGCGGCCAGACCGAAGAGCAGCCCUUCUUCGUCCAGCUCUACCUGCCGCCCAGGUUUGAGGUGCUGGUGGAGACGCCGCCGAUCCUGCGUACCUCCCAGUUGGACCUGCCGGUGGUCGUGUCGGCCAACUACACGGGCGGCGGCGGCGCCGUGUCUGGUCAGCUGACCCUGCUGGCCGAGGCGGCGCCCCUGCUCCGGCGGCCGGGCUGGCACGCCAAGCAGGUCGUCCUCCAGACGCCCGUCGCGUUCUCUGGCCGCCACGAAAUCCGGGUGCCGGUGGCGCGGCUGAGGUCACUGCUGCAGCCGCUGGACGGCUCCGAGGUCAAGGUCACCGCCCAAGUCGUAGACAACGCGCUCAAGGUCACCGGUCAAGGUCACAGCGCGACGCGGGUGUAUGGGGACACGAUCCACCUCAAGUUCCUGGGCGGCGUAAGCCAGGUGUUCAAGCCGCACAUGCCGUUCCGAACACACCUGGUGGCCUACAUGACGGACGGGUCUCGUCUCAGCGCCGGACGGCUGUUCGAGCACCGGCUGGACGUGCAGCCGGAGUUGGUGCUCAGGAACGGCAAGCGGUACAUGCUGUCGAAGCGGCGUGCCCAGAUGUCACCCAACCACCCGGGCGUGUGGGAGGUGGAGGUGACCCUCUCGGAGGAGCGCGACUUCAGUCAGCUGCUGGACCAGGUUCGCUACCUGUGCCUGGCCGCCUCCCUCAAGGACUACUUCGGCAAGAUGGCUCGCGCCGAGGCGGUGGCGGUGGCGCUCCAUACGCCCUCCAACCUCCACCUCCAUCUGGCCACCUCCACGCACUUCCCCAAGGUCGGCGAGUUCCUGGUGCUUCACGUGCGCUGCAACUUCUACAUCGAGAACUUCCGUUAUGUGGUGCUUUCCAAGGGCAUCCUGCUGGAUCACGGGCUGGUGAAUAUGGAGGUGCCGCUGCACACGUUUCCCGUGGCCGUGACGCCCGAGAUGGCGCCCGUGGCCACGAUCCUGAUCUACCACCUGACGUGGUAUGGCCAGGUGAUCUCAGACACGCUGCGCUUCCCCGUGUCCGGUCUCUCCCGCAACAAUUUCACGAUCUCGGUGGGGCGCACCAACCACCCAUACCGGCCCCGGUAUGAGGUGGAGGUGGCGGUGAAGGGCCGCCAGGGCUCCACCGUCGGUCUGGCCGCCUUCCAGUCAGACCUGUACCAGGUCACCUCCGGUACCGACGUCUCCAGCUAUAAGCUGCUGCGGGCGAUGCAGAAGUUCGACGGCAGCGGGUUCGGCGGCGAGUUCAUGCACCACUGGACCACCGCCGACGGCCGGCCGGGCCCCACCGUGCACCUGGCCUCGCACAGGACGGCGUUCGGCUUCAACGAGACGUUGGAGGGCGCCGAGCUGCUGGUGAUUACAGACGCGGGCCUGGGACUGGUGGUGACGCUGCUGAACCGUGGCCACAGCGCCGUCACCGUCAAUCUCGUGCUGGCCAAGGCGCCCCACUACCGCUUCGUCAGCCUCAGCGAGUUCGGCAAGCAGACUAGCGUGCGCCGGUCCGAGGACGCCCUGGUGGAGCACCGCACGUCGGUACCGCUGGCGCCCGGCCAGACGAGGUCGGUGAUCUUGCCCGUGCAGCCACGGAUCACCGGAGACGUCAACAUCACGCUCUACACCGAACACCAGGGCGUCAAGGACAUCUUGUUCAAGACCGUCCACGUCAGGCUGCCCGGGGUGCCAAUGGAGCACCACACGGCAUUCCUGUCGGACGUGUCCUCGUAUGACCUCGGCCUGUCCCCUCAGCUGCCCGGGGUGCCGAUGGAGCACCACACGGCAUUCCUGUCGGAUGUGUCGUCUCGGUCGCACGCCUACACGUUCAUGGACCGGUCGCUGCUCGACACUGAGGUUCUUGCCAGCGCCGCCAGAUGGCUCGUCGGUGCCCAGUUUGAGUCGGGCCUGUUUCGCGAGCGCACUAUGGCCGCAGAUCAGCGCUUCAACGACACCGGUGACGUCAUGCUGACGUCGCACGCCUUGCUGGCACUGGCUGCAGUGGCCAAGGCGGCGGAGAAGACAGAUUCGCCAGACGACGGAAAGGCCGGCGCCGAAGAGGAGGCGCUGGAUGUCCCUGGCCUGGAGGCUGCCCAGUCCUCAGCCGCCGAGCUGCUGGCGGUGCGGCUGCAGGACGGCCUGUCGCCCCUGCAGGCCGCCAUGGCCGCGCUGGCGCUGGUUGGCCGCGGCGGCCGGCCAGCCGUCGACGCCCAGCGCCUGCUCUCGCGUAAAAUGCAGGACGAUGGCGAGUUCUCCUACUGGAGCUGGGAGCCGCUGCCGCUGCCCGCCUACCGCGUCAACGAACACGUGCCCUACCUGCAGCCGCGCCGCACGCUCACCAACGAGUCGGAGAACGUGCUGGCCACGGCUGUGGCGCUGCGGGCCUACCUGGCGGUCGGCCAGCACCGCACCAAGUCCACAGUCAACUGGCUGCAGGCGCGGCGCCGCGACGACUUCGGCUGGCUGGGACGCAUGUACUCGGCGGCGCGCGACGUGCGCCGCCAGACAGACAUCCAGCUGGACGUGGAGGGUGCCGACGGCCGGGGCGGCCUGCACACGGCCGCAGAGACAGCCGGCAGUCGGCAGGAGCUCGAGGUGGCUGACCCGAGUGACGGCCUGAAGCUGCACCUCACCGGCUCGGGUCAGGCUGUGACUCAGCUGAGCGUGCAGUACCGGGUACCCCGGUUAGAGGAGGCGGGCCCGUUCGCACUGAACGUGGACGCCGGCCACCACAGCCCCAACGGCUCCCACGUGACCAUCGGACUCUGUUACGUGCACAGCGGCCUGGUGCCCGGUCUCGUGUCGGCAGAGCUCACCAAGCAGCACCAGCUGGCGCUCGUCUACAGCUCGCUGACGGACGAGUCAGUGUGCGCUCGGCUGACGGUGGUGCGCUGGUUCGCCGUGGCCAACACGUCGCGUGCCCUCUCUGCCACCGUCUACCAGCUGCACCAGCCAGAGCACCGCACGAGCACCAUGUUCGACGUGUCGGAGCUGUCGCGGUACGGCCUCUGCGACCUGUGCGGCAGCUACCACUUCCUGGCGCUUCAAGGUCUCUGCCACACGCUCACAGGCACUGGCAAGAGGUGUCUGUAG